ACAUCAGAGGCUGCCAUUUAGAACUAAGUCCUUCGACGCGUCCGGCUGGAGUGGAUAGGAACAGGCUUCAGUUAGGGAGAUCCCACUUAUAUGACACAAAAUGGAGACCAGUCCAUUGCCUGAGGAGAGCCACAUGCUGAGUGCGAUAAAAAGAAACACCGAAAAGCGUGGGGAUCCAUGGCUCUGACUCUGAAUAACAACACCAAGGACAGGCCAUUGUGUUGCACCAUGUCGAGCUGCUGUAGUACAAAGGAUGGCUGCAGUGCAAAUGGACAAGGCAAUGGAGACAAGAUCCAUGACGAGGUAAAGGAGUACUAUGGGAAGAAGGUGAAGACCCAGAAAGACCUGGAGACCAAGGCCUGUCUCAUGAUGCCAUCCAAGAUACCAUCACAUGUCAAACAGGCACUGUCUGCAGUCCAUCCUGAAGUAGCUGCCAGGUACUACGGCUGUGGACUGGUGGUGCCAGAGUGUCUGGAAGGCGCACAUGUGUUAGACUUGGGAAGUGGAACCGGCCAUGACUGCUUUGCUCUUGCCAAACUGGUUGGGGAAAAAGGCCAUGUCACUGGCAUAGAUAUGACUGAUGAACAGCUGGAUGUUGCCAGAGAGUACGUGGACUACCACCGUGACAAGUUUGGCUACUCCAAACCAAACACAGACUUUGUGAAGGGUUACAUCGAGAAGCUUGGGGAGGCUGGGCUGGAGGACAGCACCUUUGACAUCAUUGUCUCCAACUGUGUGGUGAACCUGUCUCCAGACAAGGCAGCUGUGCUGAGGGAAGGGUACAGGGUACUGAAGCCUGGAGGGGAGCUGUACUUCAGCGACAUCUACGCUGACAGAGACGUGCCUGAACAUAUCAGGAAGGACAAGGUCAUGUGGGGUGAGUGCCUUGCCGGUGCCCUGUGGUGGGAGGACCUGGUCACACUGGCUAAGGAGGUCGGUUUCUGUACACCCAGACUGGUCAGUGCAGGGCUGGUCAACCUGGACGAUAACAAGCCCAUGAAGGACCUCGUAGGGGACAUCAAGUUUGUGUCUGUGACGUACCGACUGUUCAAGCUUCCACAGAACACCAGUAAGGAACCAGCUCAAGUUGUAUACAACGGCUCUGUCACUGGGCAUGAGACAAACCUCAAGUUCGAUGCACUGCACACCUUCCAGGAAGGAGAUGUUGUUGAGGUAGACGCCGAGUUGUCUGCCAUCCUCCAGGAGUCCAGAUUUGCUGAUGACUUUACUGUCAGACCUGCCAGUAAGAAGUCCAAGGCAGACCCAAAACUCUGCUGUUCAGGAGCCAAGGGUGUCCCAACAAAUCCCUUUGAAGGACCACUGGACAAGGAGUCAUCCUCCUGUGGACCAAAAGGCUGCUGCUGAGAACGGGUUUCAAAGCAGCCAAAUAAUGGCUUAAAAGUAAAGACUUAGGUUUGCAACAUCAGACUUUUAUCAGAGAAGGCAGGUUUAUUGUGCUAUACUGUACUAUUUAUUUCUGUGUUUCUUGCUGUUAGGAAAAAUAAGUGCCAUCUUGCCUGCAUGGCUGGGCGAUGAAAUCUCACCACCACUUUCUGCUCCAGUCAUUUCUUUGUUUUGUUAGUCUUUGAAUUGUGACGCCAUUUUAGUCACUGGCUCUUGUUCCCAGCACUGUAAGAUUGUCUAUUCAAUAAUGGUUGACAAUACCCUAAGAACAAGAGUUAUACCCUGGAUGCACGUAGUAUAUCAGAUAUUAAUGACCUGGGUUAUUAGGAAAAUGGAGCCUUCUGAUUGGUCGAUGUUGUCUGGCUAUAUGCACUUGUAAGGACAACAUCAGAAAUUAAAUCACAAGCAGUUAUAUCAAUGACAGAAUAUUAGAUUAUAAUGGCAUGAGUGUAUCAGCCUUGUUGAAAAUGACAAAGUGAUUUUUAACUAACUUUGUCCAAGAUUGUGCUAUAUUACAGGCAAAUGCCCUCUCUUACAAAUGACAGCUUUUAUUGCACAAUAAUUGUGCAAGGUAGAAUUUAUUACAUCUAGACAUUCUUUAUCUUCUUAUGUAUACUAUGCAGGGGUUGCCACAUGUCAUUAUGUACUUAUAUUUGCUAUUCAAGUAAAUUGAUCUAUAGAAUGUCUUGUAUUAGAGCAAAUUCAUUGGUGAGAAAUGUAAAAGACUUUCACAUAAAAGUCAUUAAUAUCAAGUAUCAUUGCUGAUAUCUGGAAUAAACACAACAGUACU